AUGCCUCCGCGCGCGCCGCCCGCGCCCGGGCCCCGGCCGCCCCGCAUCGCCGCCGCCGCGGACGCGGGGGGUGCCGGCGGGCCCGGGCUCCGGCCGCUCGCGCCGCGCGCCUGGCGCUGGCUGCUGCUGCUCGCGCUGCCCGCCGCCUGCUCCGCGCCGCCGCCGCGCCCCGUCUACACCAACCACUGGGCAGUGCAAGCGGGGGGCCCGGCCGCGGCGGACCGCGUGGCCGCGGCGCACGGCUACCUCAACUUGGGCCAGAUUGGAAACCUGGAAGAUUACUACCAUUUUUAUCAUAGCAAAACCUUUAAAAGAUCGACUCUGAGUAGCAAAGGCCCUCACACCUUCCUGAGAAUGGACCCCCAGGUGACAUGGCUCCAGCAGCAAGAAGUGAAACGCAGGGUGAAGAGACAGGCACGAAACGACCCACAGUCCCUUUAUUUCAAUGACCCCAUUUGGUCCAACAUGUGGUACAUGCACUGUGGUGACAAGAACAGUCGCUGCCGAUCAGAAAUGAACGUCCAGGCGGCUUGGAAGAGGGGGUACACGGGGAAAAAUGUGGUGGUCACCAUCCUUGACGACGGCAUUGAGAGAAAUCACCCCGACCUGGCCCCGAAUUACGAUUCUUACGCAAGCUACGAUGUCAACGGAAAUGAUUACGAUCCCUCGCCACGAUACGAUGCCAGCAAUGAAAAUAAGCACGGGACUCGUUGUGCAGGAGAAGUGGCUGCCUCGGCCAACAACUCCUACUGCAUCGUGGGCAUUGCAUACAACGCCAAAAUCGGAGGUAUCCGCAUGCUGGAUGGGGAUGUGACAGAUGUUGUCGAGGCCAAGUCUCUGGGCAUCAGGCCCAAUUACAUCGACAUUUACAGCGCGAGCUGGGGCCCAGACGAUGACGGCAAGACAGUGGACGGGCCUGGCCGACUGGCGAAACAGGCCUUCGAGUAUGGCAUUAAAAAGGGCCGGCAGGGCCUCGGCUCCAUCUUUGUCUGGGCCUCCGGGAACGGCGGGCGAGAGGGCGACUACUGUUCCUGUGAUGGUUACACCAACAGCAUCUACACCAUUUCCGUGAGCAGCACCACCGAGAACGGCUACAAGCCGUGGUACCUGGAGGAGUGCGCGUCCACCCUCGCCACCACCUACAGCAGCGGAGCCUUUUACGAGCGGAAAAUUGUCACCACGGAUCUGCGUCAGCGCUGCACUGACGGCCACACGGGGACCUCCGUCUCAGCCCCCAUGGUGGCAGGCAUCAUCGCCUUGGCCUUGGAAGCAAACAGCCAGUUAACCUGGAGGGAUGUCCAACACCUGCUGGUAAAGACAUCGAGGCCAGCGCACCUGAAAGCCAGUGACUGGAAAGUCAACGGUGCUGGUCAUAAAGUUAGCCAUCUCUACGGAUUUGGCUUGGUGGAUGCAGAGGCCCUUGUGAUGGAGGCGAAGAAGUGGACGGCAGUGCCCGCACAGCAUACGUGCAUCGUUGCUGCGGACAAGAGACCCAGGAGCAUCCCCCUGGUGCAGACGCUGCGGACCACCGUCCUGACCACAGCCUGUGCCGACCGCUCUGACCAGCGCGUGGGCUACCUGGAGCACGUGGUGGCCCGCAUCUCCAUCUCCCACCCGCGCCGCGGAGACCUCCAGAUCCACCUGAUCUCUCCCUCGGGAACCAAGUCUCAACUUUUGGCAAAGAGAUUGCUGGAUCUUUCCAAUGAAGGGUUUACAAACUGGGAGUUCAUGACUGUGCACUGCUGGGGAGAAAAGGCAGAGGGGGAGUGGACCUUGGAGAUUCAAGACAUGCCGUCCCAGGUCCGCAACCCGGAGAAACAAGGGAAACUUCGAGAAUGGAGCCUCAUCUUAUACGGCACAGCCGAGCACCCCUACAACACCUUCAGCUCCCACCAGUCCCGCUCCCGGAUGCUGGAGCUCUCCACCCCAGAGCUGGAGCCCCCCAAAGCUGCUGUGUCACCAUCCCAGGCUGAGAUCCCCGAAGAAGAAGAAGAAUACACAGCUCCUUCCACCCAUGGCUCUCCCAAUAUUUUACAGACCAGUGCAUGCCAUCCCGAGUGUGGUGACAAAGGCUGUGAUGGCCCCAAUGCAGACCAGUGCUUUAACUGUGUCCACUUCAGCCUGGGGAGUGUCAAGACCAGCAGGAAGUGCGUGAGUGUGUGUCCCUUGGGCUACUUUGGGGACUCAGCAGCGAGACGCUGUCGCCGGUGCCACAAGGGAUGUGAGACCUGCUUGGGCAGGAGCCCGACCCAGUGCCUCACAUGCCGCCGCGGGUUUUAUCACCAUCAGGAGAUGAACACCUGUGUGACGCUCUGUCCUGCUGGGUUUUAUGCUGAUGAAAGUCAGAAAAAUUGCCUUAAAUGCCACCCGAGCUGUAAAAAGUGCAUUGACGAACCUGAGAAAUGCACAGUCUGUAAAGAAGGAUUCAGCCUUGCGAGGGGCAGCUGCAUUCCAGACUGUGAACCGGGCACCUACUUUGAUUCCGAGCAGAUCAAAUGCGGGGAAUGCCAUCCCACCUGCCAAACCUGCGUGGGGCCCAGCCAAGAGGAAUGCAUUCACUGCGCACCGAGCCUCCACUUCCAGGACUGGAGAUGUGUACCGGCCUGUGACGAGGGCUUCUACCCCGAGGAGAUGCCAGGCUUGCCCCACAAAGUGUGCCGAAGGUGCGAGGAGAACUGCUUGACUUGCGAAGGCUCCAGCAGGAACUGCAGCAGGUGCAAGGCGGGCUUCACGCAGCUGGGCAACGCGUGCAUCACCAACCACACGUGCAGCAACGCUGACGAGACGUUCUGUGAGAUGGUGAAGUCCAACAGGCUGUGUGAACGGAAGCUCUUCAUUCAGUUCUGCUGCCGCACGUGCCUCCUGGCCGGGUAGGGGGUACCCGGCCACCCCCAGAGGCAGGGCCCUCCUGUCCAUCCGUCCUCCGCCUUUCUCCAGACUGUAGGCCAGAGCCUGUUUCAGGGGCGGUGCCCUGCAUCUGACAGCUUUAUCUCCCCAGGAGCAAGGUCCUCCUGCCCCAUGUCGGGGCCCCCCACCUGGUGGGUGGUGGGUCUGAAGGACGUGUCCUUAAAACAGCGAGAGCCUCUCAAACUCUGCUUGCUGGCUCCAUUCUUCUGGCAACUCCAAACAGGAACAAAAUAAGGAUCGGGACUCCACAGCGCCAGCCUCGGAUCAGCUUCUGGGACCAUAAGUUUACUGAAUCUUCUAGACCAAAGCAGAAAGACGCUUGGCAAAACACAUCAUUCUUCUCCCGUGCUUCUGCUCAGCUCUGCAGUAAAUCUCACCCACCGGGCCCAGCCCGUCCCCACGUGUGAUGAAGGGCAGGGCAGCGCACCUGCUCCUCGCUGCCACAGAGCAGUCUGGGGGAUGGUUUGGUCAGAAUGUAAAUAAAAUAGAUUUAGGGGCAUAAAAUGUAUGACCACUGGGGAUGGCACAUCUGUUUCUACGUAGUCAGCUCCUUCUGCAACUGCAGCAAUGGCUUAGAAAGUCUCCUUCCAAACCCAGACGGGAAGAGUCUGCCUCCCUCUGCAGCUGAGCGUCCCUUGUCACUGCUGCAUCUUGGGACACUAAUGACCACCUCUACCUGAUGUAGAACCUUCUGUGGAAGGGCCCCAGGAAGCAUCUCCCGGACCUAGCCAAAGGCACCUUGAUUAUCAAGCAGUUCCUCUUAUCCAAAUGUCAGCCCACUGUGUCGUUAGUCAUCGGUCACUUCCCACCUCCUGGAAUUGCUUGUAGAGCCCGUUUUGGCCUCUGAUCUUCCGGAGACUUGCCCUGCCGGUGGCUGCUUCUGUGUCUGUGUGUGUUCAGAGCCUAAUGGCACAGUCGGAUCGAUUUCUGCCAAACCUGUGCAGGCAUUUUAUAAGCUACAUGUUCUAAUUUUUACCGAUGUUAAUUAUUUUGACAAAUAUUUCAUAUAUUUUCAUUGAAAUGCACAGAUCAGCUUGAUCGAUUCCCUGUAAUGUGGGAGUAACAUUUGCCUUAAAUUUUUCCAGCUCGUUCUUCUCCAUUUUGUCCUGCUCUUCUCUGACUGUAACACAUUUGCCUUGUCCCCUGUGAGCUGGGGAAACCCCAGCUGUUGUUUAUUGAAUCCACAACUCCGAAAAUGAAAUCAACAAAGCAAAUACAAUGUUAACCCUAAAUUAAUAAAAGAGUUAACAGCCCACGGGAAAGGACCCUGUAUUUUUUUCCAAAGCACAACAAUUAAACAUGGGUGCUGACUGAGAUGUGAAAUGGCUUUAUUUGUCUCU